GUGGAAUCUCCCUUGGGUAAAAACGUAAUCAACAUUUAAUUUUGUGAAACGGUAUCUGUUAUUCUAAAAGAAAGUCUGUAAGGAAAUUUAGUAGGGACAUUUAAGCUAUCUGCAAUGUAUUUUUUAUUGUUCCUACUUGCAGUUACGCCUGCAUCAUGGGCUCACUAUGGAAAUCCGAUGGAAAAUCCUGAUCUCUAUCAAGGAGAUAUCAUUGGUCUUGAAAACAUUGCAGAUCGAAAUGCUAUCGCAAACAAUACCAGAAGAUGGCCUGGAGGUGUCAUUCCUUACAAAAUUGACAAAGGAUUAGAUGACUUAAAAGAUGAAAUUGCAAAGGCCAUGAAGCACAUUAUGGACAAUACAUGUAUUAAAUUUGUGCCUUGGGAUGGCCUUAUACGAGGAUACAUUAAGAUAUUUCCUGGCGAUGGAUGCUAUUCUUACUGGGGUGCAACUGGAAAAAUCCAACCUGUUUCAUUAGGUUAUGGUUGUGAGCCUAUUGGGACUAUAAUUCAUGAGCUGACUCACGCAAUUGGAUUUGACCAUGAACAGAACAGAUCAGACAGAGAUGAUUACCUCAUAAUUUAUUGGCAAAACAUUUGGCCAGAUGCACUUGAUCAAUUCGACAAACACCCACCUCAGAAUAACAGGCUGAUAAAUAAGUUCGAUUAUAAUUCCAUCAUGUUGUACGGCGAGAAGACAUUUUCGAAGGACGGUUGGUCCAAGACAAUGAAAGCCAGGAAGAAGCACAUCAAGAUCCUGGAUGUUAUUGCGAAAGGAAAACUCAGUGAAAGUGACAUCUUUCGAAUAAACACCUUGUACGACUGCGACAAGAGGGAAUAAUGUUUUAACAAAUUAUUUUAACUGUUAACUUUUUAGGACAAAAUAAAGAAUUUCUGAAAAAUAA